AUGGGUUUGUCCAGCUUGAACAAGAUAUGCUGCCUUUCCCAGCGAGGUAUCACAGGAAAAGAUGACCUUACUGUGGGUGCAACUAGAAGUGGAACAGUGAAUUUUUACCCCUGGACAAUAGAUAAUAAAUAUUAUUCUGCAGAUAUUCACCUCUGUGUAGUACCAAACACAUUUCUUGUUACUGGAGAUAUUGCUGAAUCUGUGCAAGCAUUUGUUGUGUACUUCGACAGCACAAUAAAAUCUGGACUUGAUAGUGUCUCUGAAUGGCUUCCCCUGACAGAAGAGUGGUUACCAGAAGUCAUGAUCCUGGUUUGCAACAGAGUAUCUGAAGAUGGUGUUAACAGACAGAAAGCUCAAGAAUGGUGCAUCAAGCAUGGCUUUGAACUGGUAGAACUUAGCCCUGAGGAACUGCCUGAUGAAGAUGAUGAUUUUCCAGAGUCCACCGGAGUGAAACGGAUUGUACAAGCCUUGAAUGCCAAUGUGUGGUCCAACGUAGUCAUGAAAAGCGACAGGACCCAGGGCUUUGGUCUUCUCAGUACAUUAGCAGGUGCCAACUGUAGCAUCGGGUCAGAAGAGAACCAAGAUACAGAAUCCGAUCCAUCAGCAGCAGACAGAGAAGAAUCCCAUUUAGACAACAGAGAAGAUGGAGCGAGCACCAACAACCUGCAGAUUGACAACGCUGUGGAUCCCAUGUUAGAUAUGGACAUUCAAGAGUUAGCCAGCCUGACCACCAGAGAUGGUGACCUGGAGAACUUCGAAAGGCUUUUUUCAAAGCUGAAAGAAAUGAAAGAUAAAGCUGCAACGUUGCCUCAUGAACAAAGAAAACUACAUGCAGAAAAGGUGGCCAAAGCCUUCUGGAUGGCAAUUGGAGGAGACAGAGAUGAAAUUGAAGGUCUCUCCUCGGAUGAAGAAAACUAAGUUCUUCUGUAGCUGUAAGCGACAGAGCAAUCCUCAAAGAGUGAUCUUCUCCCGUUUAUUGCGAAAAGCCCCGUUUAGCUUUAGUUGUUCGCUUUGGUUAAGGGAUUCCCCGCAUCAUUGUAGUACCGCGUUCCACAACACCUCAUGGUUAGAGUGGUUUUGUCUGACUGUUUGUUUAUUCUCUCUCAGAGAAUUUUUGGAAGGCGACGCAUGCAGUUUGAGGAAAUAAUAAUUAGUUUACAUUUUUCGAAUUAACAUUUUUAUUGUUUCCUCUUUUGAGUUUAAAUAAACAAAUUUACUACCAGUUAUCUUUCUACAUAUGGCUGGUGGUUGUUAAGCGACUGCUUAAUUCUGAACUCAACUUUUUUUGGUGUAGGCCUGUUUGAUGUUUUUAUGUAGCUUUAUAGCUGACUUACUAGUUAAAACAAACCAGAUUUCUAUGAGCCAUGAAGAGAAAGUUGCUGAAUUGUACCCUGUUGCGGGAUGC